CUCUCUCCGUUUCUAGGUUCCUCGUUUCUUAAUCCUAUUGGCAAAAUUUCCGUACGCUUUUCCUCUGUUUUUCGUACUUUUCUUCCCUUUCAUUUUCCAAUUUUCGAAUUAGGGUUUUAACAUUUGGCACAGAAUCUAGAGAGAGAGAGAGAGAGAGGAGAGAGAUGGGUAGCCCAGAGAAGGAUCAGAGCAAGGGCUUCUUCGCAGCCAUGAGUUCUGGCCUCUCCAUGUUCGGCAACGCCAUGCACCGAUCCGUUGGCGGGUUGCUUGGUUAUGAAGGGGUGGAAGUCAUCAAUCCAGAGGGAGGCAAAGAAGAUGCAGAGGAGGAAGCUCAAAGAGGAAGAUGGAAGCAGGAGGAACGAGAUAGUUACUGGAGGAUGAUGCAGAAGUAUAUUGGCUCAGAUGUGACAUCAAUGGUGACUCUUCCUGUACUUAUUUUUGAGCCGAUGACAAUGUUGCAGAAGAUGGCUGAGUUAAUGGAGUAUUCACACUUGUUGGAUCGUGCUGAUGAAUGUGAGGAUCCUUAUAUGCAGUUGGUGUUUGCCACAUCAUGGGCUAUAUCGGUCUACUAUGCCUACCAGCGGACAUGGAAGCCAUUCAACCCUAUCCUUGGGGAGACUUAUGAAAUGGUUAAUCACUCAGGGGUAACAUUUAUUGCAGAGCAGGUGAGUCAUCAUCCACCAAUGAGUGCUGGGCAUGCAGAGAAUGAGCAUUUCACUUAUGAUGUGACUUCAAAACUUAAAACUAAAUUUUUAGGGAAUUCGCUGGAUGUUUACCCUGUUGGAAGAACACGUGUGACUCUUAAAAGAAAUGGUGUUGUCUUAGAUUUAGUGCCACCUCCCACAAAGGUAAACAACUUAAUAUUUGGCCGGACGUGGGUUGAUUCACCAGGGGAGAUGGUCAUGACCAAUCUGACGACUGGGGACAAAGUUGUGAUAUAUUUUCAGCCAUGUGGCUGGUUUGGAGCUGGCCGCUAUGAAGUGGAUGGAUAUGUUUAUAAUGCUGCAGAGGAACCUCAGAUAUUGAUGACUGGGAAAUGGAACGAGUCAUUGAGUUAUCAACCAUGUGAUUUGGAAGGGGAACCCCUUCCAGGCACAGAAUUAAAAGAGGUUUGGCAUGUUGCCGAUGUUCCAAAGAAUGACAAAUUUCAGUACACUUAUUUUGCACAUAAAAUAAAUAGCUUUGACACUGCUCCUAAAAAGUUGUUGGCAUCAGACUCUCGUUUGCGGCCUGAUAGAUAUGCACUUGAGAAGGGGGAUCUGUCCAAAUCUGGUGCAGAAAAGGGCAGAUUGGAGGAGAGGCAGAGAGCUGAAAAGAGAGAGCGAGAGGCCAAGCAGCAUCAGUUUAGGCCAAGAUGGUUUGACUUGACAGAGGAAGUUACACCUACACCUUGGGGUGACUUGGAAGUCUAUCAAUAUAACAAUAAAUACACUGAACACCGAGCCACAAUUGAUAGCUCUGACUCCAUUGAUACGGUUGAUGUUACAUCAAUUGAAUUCAACCCAUGGCAGUAUGGAAACCUAUCUGCAGAAUGAGGUAUUUGCUCUUCUAUGUUCAUUCCCCCUCCCCCAAAUAUUUUCUUGUUUGUUACUAAGAUCUUGUAGUCUACAAAAGAAAGAAGCUAAGACGUAGAAAAGGUUACGUGAGUUUCUGGCAAACGUUAUGAUAUCCCGGUGAUGCAUUACGUUAUGAUAUCCUGGUGAUGCAUUGCCAGCUCCUCUGACGUGCGGUAUUACAGCUAUGUGCAUGGAGCAACAUCACUGCUCUGAGCCUAAAGUAAGAGUUGGUGUCAUGUUAUCUUACUGGUAGUGGUUUCACCCUUCCCUACUAGACAUGGACCAUGUUUCUUCUCUCUUCAUUAAGUUGAUGUGUAUCACUUUACGCGGGAUACGAAAUACACUCAUCCCACCAAGUGUUUGGAGGACUUGCAUGCGAAAGUGUUCAUCGCUAUUUUGACAUUCUGGUCCAAUAAUGCAAUGUUAUGUGUAAUUUUCUUUUUCUUCA